CUCACCAUUUUUCCUCUCCUUUCUUCUUCCUCUUCAUUUGCCUUCCUAAAUUUCUCCAUCUUCCAAAACCUGAAAAAGUGUCUCCUCUUUCUUUAAAUUUUUUGUAGAAUUCUUAGUCUUAAACUGAUAAUUCUUUUUUUUUUUUUUUUGUAUGUUAGUUUAUAAAAAGAAGCAUAGUGGUUUCUUGAAAAGUGGAUGAGUAAGUUGGUAUUUGGUGUUAGUAUAUUUGGAUACGUUAAUUUUUGUGAAAGAAAAACAAGGGAGUGCAGUUUGGUUAUAAGGAGUUGGUGUAGGUGGGGCAAGUGUGGUUGAAUAAGUUUCUUGAUUUAUUUCCUUAUUGGGGUUAUCAAGAUUUUUUUUUUUUUUUUGAUCUGAUCUUUUGUUUAAGAUCAGGGGACUUAGAGAAGAAAAGGGUACCUGAAAAUAUCAUUUUUUGUUGUUGAAUUUAUUUGGUUUUUCAAGAUUGUUUUUGAAGUCUUGAAAAGAUGCAGCAAGAGCAACGCAAGAAGAGUUCCAAAGAAGUGGAGUUUUUCACUGAGUACGGUGAUGCUAAUAGGUACAAAAUUUUGGAAGUUAUAGGCAAGGGAAGUUAUGGAGUAGUUUGUGCUGCAAUUGACACUCAUACAGGAGAGAAAGUGGCUAUAAAGAAAAUAACUGAUAUUUUUGAGCACAUCUCUGAUGCAAUUCGAAUUCUACGUGAAGUCAAAUUGCUUAGACUUCUAAGGCAUCCCGAUAUUGUUGAAAUUAAGCGAAUCAUCUUACCACCUUCAAGACGAGAAUUCAGAGAUAUUUAUGUUGUUUUUGAGCUUAUGGAAUCUGAUCUUCACCAUGUCAUUAAGGCUAACGAUGACUUGACACAUGAGCACCACCGUUUUUUCCUCUAUCAGAUGCUGCGAGCAUUGAAAUUUAUGCACACAGCAAAUGUGUACCAUCGAGAUCUUAAGCCAAAGAACAUUUUGGCAAAUGCAAAUUGUAAACUCAAAAUAUGUGAUUUUGGAUUGGCAAGGGUUGCAUUCAACGAUACUCCAACCACUACAUUUUGGACGGAUUAUGUUGCUACAAGGUGGUACCGUGCACCAGAGCUAUGCGGGUCUUUCUUCUCCAAGUAUACACCUGCUAUUGAUAUCUGGAGUAUCGGGUGUAUUUUUGCGGAGGUCUUGACCGGAAAACCAUUAUUUCCGGGCAAAAGUGUUGUUCACCAGUUGGAUUUGAUUACUGAUCUUCUUGGGACACCAUCAGCUGAUAUCAUAUCUGGGGUUCGUAAUGAUAAGGCAAGGAAGUAUUUGACUGACAUGAGGAAAAAGAGCCCAGUUCCUUUUACUGAGAAAUUUCAAAAAGCAGAUCCUUUGGCCCUCCGACUGUUACAGAGGUUGUUAGCAUUUGAUCCAAAGGAUCGCCCAACUGCUGAAGAGGCUUUGGCUGAUCCAUACUUCAAGGGACUGGCCAAGAUUGAGAGGGAACCUUGUAGUCAACCAAUAUCAAAGCUGGAGUUCGAGUUUGAGCGACGAAGGGUCACAAAGGAUGACAUCAGAGAACUAAUAUUUAGGGAGAUACUAGAGUAUCAUCCUCAACUUCUAAAGGACUACAUGGCUGGAAAUAAUGGUGCAAAUUUUGUCUAUCCUAGUGCCAUUGGUAAUUUCAGAAGGCAAUUUGCUUAUCUAGAGGAAAAUAGUGGUAAAAGUGGCCCAGUAGUUCCUCCUGGUCGAAAGCAUGUCUCUCUCCCACGAUCUACUGUAAAUUCCAGUACUAUUCCACCCAGAACACAGCAGAAUCCUAUGUUUGAUCACAGGCAAACUACAGAAAAGGCAACUGCUGGCGUCAGAGUCGCAGACCAGAAGGUUUUGCGGCCACCACCUCGAGUACCCACAGCCAAACCUGGAAGGGUUGUAAGACCAUAUGAUGGUGACAGGAGCAUCACUGAUGGAAGAAUAUAUUCCCAGAACUCUGUCGUCCCACCUCACGGCAUGUCCCCACAUUAUCUGUACAGAAGUAACUCUGCACAUCUAGAAAAGUGCAGGACAGAAGCAGAGAAGGACCGCUCUCAAGUUAAACCGCAACCUGGGCAGUACACGGUUGCCAAGUCGACGGCUAGUAUGAGUUUCGAUAUGAACACUAACCCGUAUUAUCAUACACAGGCAAGGGUAGCACAGAUAGGAGGUCAGAUCGCCAUGGAUGCAAAACUACUACAGGCGCAAACACAGUUUGGUGCAGUCGGUGCUGCAGCUGUCGCUGUUGCUGCUCACAGAGAGUAUGGUCUAACUUAGCAGAGACUAUCUUUUGAUGGUUCUUUGAAUCAAGUGAGGACAUCCACCUUGUAGUUAUGACAGUUCGGGAUGUGCAUUUUCCUCGAAUCAAGCAGCACGGGAGAUUUGAAGAGGGAUCUAUUGACGCGGUAGAUGACAGACAACCAGUAAUAUGGCAUUAGUCAGGGUCUCUAAUAGGCAUUCUUUAGCUUUAGUUUGCCCUGUUGAGUUAGUAUUUAUGCCUCUGUAAAUAUAUAGGUACUGCGUCAUUGAUAUUAAUGAAGAAAAAAGUGGUUCUUUGCUUCA